AUGGCGCCGUCGCCAUGGCUGAGCCUGCUAACUCCAUCCCUAGCGGCAUUGGCCGGGGUUGCGCUGGGCAUCUUCCUGGAGCGUUCCCGCCGCGCGAAGGGAAGCCGGCAGUCCUCACGGGAUGUUGUGAACUCGGGCGAAGAUCUUCGGGUGGAGCGCGGGGAACUGGAGGCAGCUGUGGCUGCUUGCUUGGAGGCAGCCGGGGCCCCUAAGCCCAAAGCCAACCUGGUGGCCCGAGUCCUGGUGGCUGCAGAUUGCCGUGGCAUCCCAUCUCAUGGGGUCAACCGCACAGAGAUGUACUGUGGAGAACUGCGGGCAGGACUUAUCAACCCGGAUGCGAUGCCCCGUCUCUCUUCGGAGACGGUGAGCACUGCCAAUGUAGAUGGGCUGAACGGUUUGGGCGCAGUUGUCUCGGAAUUUGCCAUGCAACUCUGCAUACGCAAAGCAAAGGCUUCAGGCAUAGGCCUUGUGGUGUGCCACAACAGCAACCAUUUUGGAAUUGCAGGGUUCUGGUCCGAGCUUGCGUUGAAAGAAGGUCUGAUUGGCUUCGCAUUCACGAACACGAGUCCUUUCUUGGUCCCAACUCGCGCAUGCCGACGUGCAGGGGGAACAAAUCCAAUCUCCUGCUACUGUCCUGGCACACGUGAUAGUUUUCAGUUGGAUAUGGCAACUUCAACAGUGCCAGUGGGGAAAAUUGAAGUUUGCCAUCGCAAGGAGCAGGAAAUUCCACCUGGCUGGGGAGUGGACAGAGCUGGGGCUCCAACAAACAACCCGACUGAGGUGCUUGCCGGUGGAGGCUUGACUCCCGUCGGGGGCCAUGAGGAAACUGCUGGGUACAAAGGCUAUGGCUUGAACAUGAUGGUUGAGAUCCUUUGUGCGGUUUUGAGCGGCUGCAAAGAUGUCGGUCCAGAUGUUCCGCCCUGGAGAGUGGAUCGAGGCCGGCCUGUGGACUAUGGACACUGCUUCAUGUGCAUUGACCCAGAAAAGAUUCUACCAGAAGGUGAGUUUCAGGCCAAGCUCAGUGCUUAUUUGGCUCGGAUGCGCGGCCUCUCCGCAGCUGAUGCCGCACUGCCCGUGCUGGUCCCUGGUGACCCAGAGAGCGCGGAAGAGCUGGCAGCCGAGAAGCAUGGGGUCCGACUCAACAUCCAGGUGGCGCAGGGUCUGCGCAACCUUUCUCAAGACUUGGGAUGCUUGCAGACCAUGCCAGCACCGAUCCGGGACCUGCCACAGAACGUGAUGGCACCAAGGCACCCUCACACAGUUUAG